CAUAAAUAUCUCCACUCAAACCAACACCUCUCUCAACUUAAGCAUGGGAUUACUCGAUCACCUCUGGGACGAUACCGUCGCCGGCCCCCCGCCCGACACCGGCCUCGGAAAACUCACGAAACACGCCACUUUUAGCUUCCGAUCCAAUUCCGGCAAGGAAUCGGAAGAGAAUCGAAGAUCGUUUGGAGAAGAUGAAGUGAGAGUGACUAGAAGCAUAAUGAUCGUAAAGCCGCCGCAAGGGAGUCAGAAGGACUCGCCGCCGGUUUCCCCCGCCGGCUCCACUCCCCCGGUGUCACCUUUCGCCGGUAAGGCGGAGGAGGGAAGGAAGCAUUCCGUUUCCGGCGGAGGUCAGCGUCAUUUGCUUACGAGAAGGCAAGAGUUGGCGGAGGAGCCGGUGGCUCUCCUCCUACUUACGACGUGUGAUAUUUACUGAAGCGGCGACUGGAAACGAGAGACUGUUUUUGUAAUUAGCUAUGUACAUGUAUAUAUGCGUAUUAUAUAUAUGUAUGUCGAGCCUUUUUCUCGUU